CGCCCCGCCGAGGGACGCCGCCGCCGCCACAUUCCCGCCACGCCUGCCGCCCCCCACGCCCUGCCGCUGCUCGGGAAGGGCGCGGGGAGCCGUGUGUGCGCGGGGGCGUUCUGUCCUGCAGUGUGUGAGAGGCAGGAGCCGCCUGUGGCAUAGUGGUGUGAGAGUGAGGGAGAGUGAGAGAGCGAGGGGACACGAUCGUGAGGGGACAGAUGAAGUAAACACGAGCACCCAAACAUUGGCACUCCUCCAGGGACACGAGCUUGGCACAGGUGACACUGAUGCUGUGUCGUGCCAGCCUCUGCCUCACAGCCUCACGCCCGCCCCGCCCCGCCCAUGCCUGCUGCUGGCGGCGCCCCUCAGUGGUUGCCGCACGCUGGCCUCGACCCGCGCCGUGCUGUGUCUCUGUGUCGGAUUCUAGGUGAGAAGGAGCAAAGUGAUGUUUCCAGGAGGGCGCCUUCCGGCAGGGCCCCGCGAGUGAGGGAAGGCUGAGCCGCGGGCGUGGCGUGGCGCACACAGCGUCUGUCCCUCCACUCGCCGCUCGCCAGGUGUUGGCGCCGCGCAAAUGUCAGCUGCGUGAGGUGUGACAGCGUGUGGCGGAGACAAUGUUGAUCCGGGCAGUGCCGCAGCCUGCAGCGCCAAGCCGCCGACCCGCGACCCUCAUUUGACUCCCGCCUGUGGAAACUCGCGACGCUUUGUAAAAACUGAGAAACAAAAAAAAAGCCAAAUUCCGCGUCCGAUGUGUGCAACAGUGCAGUGAGGAAGUAUUGAGGAGCGGCAGCGUGACCUGCGUGGUGCCCCCUCCCCCCCGCGGCAGUGUGAGAGUGUGUGUGUGCGUGCGUGUAGGAGUGGUGGUUGCCGCGCCCCCCGCCGCCCCCCCGCCACCUCCCGCCCCCUGGCCUGGCAACCGGCUGUGGCACCCGGCACCGCAGGUCGGCGUGAGGGGCGCCGGCAGGAGGGCAGGCAUGGCUCGGUGACGGGGACGUGACGCAGCGAGGGCACCGCUCCGGCAGGAGGCGGCGGCGCGAUGAGCAGCAGCAGCAUGGCCGCGGCGGCGCCCGACGUGGAGAAGCGGGUGUCGCGGGUGCUGUUCACCAUGCGGUGGCGCCUCAUGAGCCAGAUCCUGCUGGCGCUCCCCGUCGUGGGCAUGUUCAUCUGCCUCAUCACCUCCAUCAUUUUCCACUCCGACCACAUCAACAACACGAUAUGCAAGGUGUACAACUUCCUGCCGAGCAUCAGUGCCGUGACGGGGGUGUCGCCGCAGCGGUACCUGUGGCGCGUGGCUGUAGCCCUGCACAUUUCCCCGCGGCUGCUGGUGGCGUGGGUGGCGCGCGCCUACUACAACUCACUGGCCGCUCAUGUGCCCGCCGCCCGCCGCCCCGCCUACCUGACGUUAGUGUCUGUGGCCUUCUACCUCAACCUGACGGAGCUCGCCACGCUCUGUGGGGUCACCUAUAUCUCCAAUAAGGAGAACUACCCGGUGCACGAGAAGCUGUUCACGCUGUUCAUGCUGGUGUCACUGGUGUACAUGCUGUGUGUGAUCAGGGUGCUGCGGGCCGUGCGCCACACACUCUCCCCUGCCUUGCUCCGCUCCUUCUCCCAAAAGAAGUGGCUCUUCGGCAUCAAGCUGGCCUCCACCGGAGGUCUCCUCUUCUUCUUCUGGCGCCACAGAGUCUACUGUCAACCCAUGGCGUUCAGCUGGUUCUCGCUGUGUGAGUACGUGAUCGCCACCUGCAACAUGCUGUACCACGUCAGCGUCGCCCUCGACUUCGCCGACGAGCAUCUCAUCGUGGGCCACAUCAUGCCGGCGGCCGCCACGCCCUCGGCGCCGCCCACCGCCUCACUGAUCACCACGGCGUCCUCUUCGCCGCGACAAUCCCCCUCCACCUCCACCACCACCUGCGACUCGCUAGCCACCUGCGAGGGCACCCCCGACGCCCCACCCACCAAGAACGGCCGCUUGGACGACGCGCUGGCAGACGGCGGCCUCGGGAUGGGCGUGAGUGGGCCCGGUCCAGUGUUCGGGGCGGCAAGAGCCAGCCACGCCCCAGUGGGGUGCGGGGCGGCAACCGAGGCGCGGUGCGAUGCGGGUGGGAUGGGGCCGAGCGGCGGUGUGGUGGAGGACGAGGCACCCGCUGUGGUACACCAGGUCCUGAACACCAUCCACGAGGGCGCCGAGCCGCCGCCGCCUCCCUGCCUCAACGGCCUGGACCAGCGCGAGUCCACAGUGGUGCAGCGACGGCCGCCGCCGUCCAACAAUCCCGGCAGCCCGCCCACGGAUCCCCAACCCCCCGCCCGCCCGCAUAGUGAAUAGCUCCUGCUGGACUCUGCUCCGCCCACGCCCACCUGCAGGACGCCGGCCACCCACCCCUGGCGAGCCCUUCGUCCCCUGGCCGCCUAGCGCUGCGGAUCACCAGUCAGGGCCACGUUCCCCUGCUGUCGUGUGGCAGGCGAGGGACGCCGCCGCCUGGCCAGGCGCCUCGUGGCCUGACCCCCUCAGCGCAGGUACGGGCGCUCAGGCCUCUGCGCCCGGCGACCACCACGCAGCUGCGCCGCCACCACAGCGGCUGCCAGGGAGCCAAGUGCCCACAACGCCCACAGCACCCCUGCUGCGAGGCACCACACCCAGGACGUGCCCCGAGAGCGGCGCUGUGGCGAGAGCCGGGCGGCGCGUGGCGUCGGGUCCUGCGGCGCCGCGGCGGGCACAAGCAAUAACAUUAGUUCUGUUUACGACGGAUUUAAGUCAUAUUUUUUAUAAGAUCUCGGUUUGCGUUCCCAAAAAUUGGAAAAAAAAAAAACGUGAAAAUUCCAUAUCCUUGAGGGGCAGGUGAGGGCGACGCUCGCGCCUCCCGGUGGGGAGCGGGGAAGAGCGGCGCGGGGCGGGCAGCCGAGGCGGAAGGACAACUGAGGGCCACGCCGCCCCUAACGGGAGGUUCGGUGGCCCAUCUCAGCCAGACCGCCUCUUCGGCUCCUGCCCUGAGGGCUGCGCGCAGCGCCGCCCCCGCUGCAUCACGAUCCGCCCCGCGCGCCUCCUGCCGGGCUGGCCACGAGUCCCAUGCCUUAUGCUAGACGGUAGUGUGAAGGGCGGUCCUGCGGCGCCACCACAGCCCCACUAAUGUCGCCAUCGUCGGGAGGGGAAAGGAAUACUUGGUUUGACUCAGUCCAUGGCGGCGGGAAGCCAGUCUGCGGCAGGACGAGGCCCACCUCAGCCACCCCAGGCACCUGCGCCGCGCACCUGGGCUGGCCGCGGUCACCUGGAGUGGCAGGGGCGUCUCGCGCCCACACCUGAGUUGCCUGUCUCGCGUCACAAACAAAACGGAUUUCAUUGUGGACCAUUGCUUUGGUUUAUCUGUCUACCUCACUGUCUGCCGACUUGUUUAUGUCUGCCUCACUGUCUGCCGAUCUGUUUAUCCGUCUACCUCACUGUCUGCCGAUUUGUUUAUCUCUCUGCCUCACUGUCUGCCGAUCUGUCUAACUUGUCUGUCAAUCAUUUCACUACUCGGGCCUCGCCAUUCUUCACAUCACCCUGUACCUGUCCCGCACUGGUCCACGCGUCGCCUCUCAGGAUACAGUCUGGUGCCGCCUCGCCGGCACCACCACCACCACCACCACCAGCGGACACCAGCACCAGCAGUACCGCCUCCCGCGCCGCCACGGUUAAUUAACGCCCUCCUCUCAAAGUUAUUAUUACAUUACUCACAAAGGAAAGGCAGGGAGGAAAGUUACGUAACUGGUUUUGUUGUUAUUGUUAUCCUGAAGGAAAAAAGAUGAAAGACUACGUAAAAGAUAUUAUUAUUAUGUGAUCCGGAAAAAAGAGGAAAAAUAUUAUGUAAAAGUUUCUCUUUUGCUUGAUGCAAUGAAAUGUUUACGAAAGUUUAAUGCGAUACGAGAAAAAAGACGAAAAAUGUUACGGCAACUUUUUUUUUUUAUGAUCAGAUGAAAUGUUAAUGAACGUUUGGUGCGAUAUGCGUCACGCUGAACGAAACUCCUGGAUUCAUACAGGCGACUCAGGCGACUCAGGCGACUCAGGUGACUCAGGUGACUGGCGCCAGGCAGGGGCACACUGGCUGGCUCGCACGCCGCCGAACACUCUGGUUGUGCUACACUCAGUUCACACUUUGAUUACGCGUUACAUUUGUUACAUUUUGUUCCUCCCUUACUAGUCUCCCCAGUAGAGGUCACCACUGACCUGACCUGACCCUGGGCUUGUAGGAAUGCCAUUCGGAUUCAGUACUUUUUUUUUCUGAUCCGUUUGCGAGGAAGACUGAAGGAGGUUGAAUCCUCGGGGUCAGUAAUGUUAUCUAACGUCAAGGAGUCACUGUACUAUCACUACGAGAGCUUUUUUUAGGUCAAGCACGUGAAGUAAAGAAGGCACGUAGAUGAAAGAGGCAUUGUAGCACGUGGGUCAUGGCAGAUUUUAAGGUGCGCUUGAGAGUGAGAAGGAAUUCAGGGUUUUUAAGUCAGGGUAGUGAACAGAAACCCGAAGGAAUUGUGUUUUAAGUCAGGCAGAUGGAUAGAAGUCCGUUUUAAUGAGAAGACCUUUUGUAGGUCCGAAAUAAAAAGUUUGAGAGAUUGUUUAGACCUCAAAUGAAAGUUUUCAGGAUUUUUUAUGCCUGACAUGUGGAUUCUGACGAUUUUUAACCCUGAAAUGUGGAUUAUGAAAACUUUUUAGGCCUGAAACGGAUUUUAAGGACCACGGUGGGCCUAUAGCUUGGAUUCUGAGCGCUUUUUCAGGCCUGAAAUGUGGAUGUUUGGAUCUGACAGGCCAGAGGCAGUGGAUAUUUUGGACAAUGACAAGUGAAGGACUGAUUUUGAGAAGUUUUACAGGCAAGAAGAGUAGAUUCUUAGGGCAUUUGUAGGACAGAGGCAUGGGUAGGACAGUGAUAGAAAACAGAGAGAGACUGAGAGAGAGAAAAGCCCUGUGGAUGGUGUGGAUGGUCAGGCCAGUGGCUAGAGAGACAGACCCACCCUUCCCAUAUCCGUCACUUCCCGCACUGUUCCUCCUUCCACACCUCCUCCCUGUAGUGUCUGAACGUUACAUUCCACUUUGCAUCAACACCCACGCCCCGCUCCCCUCCACACCACGCUUGGACCAGAAGAGCGCGCCAUCCACCGCUGGAUAACACCACUCUACAGGUAAAGAAGCGGAGUGCGUUAUCCUGAUGGUGCGGGAGGGGACGUGAGGAGGUCCAGGGUCUCUAAAGAGGGUUGUGGGUAACGCCUAGACAUUUUUCUCCUGCCCGCCACGUAGAGGUAGAGAGCGUCCCUUAGGAUGAAGCUUCGACAAGGGUUGUGUUCUGUCUUACCGUAGAACGCUUGGUUUUGUUCCGUUGCAAGAGCAUAGCGAUCGAGCACGUGGCCAUCCUCUCCGGGACACGAAAGGAACGCUUGGUGGCGACUGAUGCGCGAGAGAGAGUUACAGAGAGAAAAAGAGAGAGAGGGAGGGAGAUGUCACACGCCCAAACGUUACUUGAGUAGUACAUAAACUUUAAGUAGCGCGCCAAACACGACGAUUUACGCAGCAGCAGCAGCAGCAGCAGCAGUAGGAGUGUCUAAAGGUGCAGCAGCGUGGCCACACCGUCCUGCACCGCGCCAGUGAUGCCCCACGCUACACCGCUGACUGACAGCCUCCACGCACCUCACCACCACCACCAACACCCGCACGGAUCAAGCUUGUGGAUGUUAGGCGGGGACACACUACCACCACCAUCACCAUCACCACUACCACUACCCGCACGGAUCCAGCUUGUGGGUGUGUGUUAGGCGGGGACACACCACCACUAACACCACCAGCAACACCAGCACGGUUCAAGCUUGUGGAUGUGUGGUUGGCGGGACACCACCACGACCACCACCACCACUACCAGCAUCACCAGUGUCGCCCUAAUGAUGCAUCCCGUCUCAUCUGUUAUUGUGAUGCGUUGUGGUGUUCCGUGUCCCUCCGUGCCCCGUGUCCCGCCUCCCCCUCGCCCCAGCACACGGAGGCGGCGGCCAAGGGAGGUACGCCGCAAGGCCACCGCCGAGGACCUUCCCUGUUUUGUACCCACGUCCCUCAUUUGUUACUGUGACGAGAAACACACCGCGCUCUCCCUCCUCCCUCUCUAGUCUCGUUUCCUUUCACUGUGAUCGUGAGUCUUCAUCACACACACACACACACACACACACACACACACACACACACACACACUGGUUUGCAUCCGAGUCUGUUGUGUAAAUAAUCAGUACAUAUUACGUAUAAUAAUAAUAAUAAAAUAAAAAACAAACUAUGUACAUGUAUAGAGACUGCUGUUCGCUGACUGAGCCUCCAUAUGGGGUGAAAUUGUACAGUAUAAUAACUUCGCUACAUCUAUUUUUUUGACAGCAAGACACUCGUUUGUUUAAGCUUAGGCAGCAGACGCCGCGACGCCUCACCCUCAUCACCGUCAUCACCAUUGUUACCCUCGAUUGCCCAACACAAGCAGGCUGAGGGGAAGGCCGCGCACCACCGCUGCCUCGCACACCCUGCCUACAGGUUACUGGCAGCAGGCUGGUCACACCUACACGUUCGCCACACACACACGGGUCAUCUUUCUCUCUACGGGUGAUCGCACUUACCAGAAACAGUGACCAGUGAUUGAAUGAUCGGAAAAAAAAGCAAAGUUAAUGUAAAAAAAAUCAGAAAGAAAGCCAUUUAUUAGCAACAGUGGUUAGUGAUUGGAUAAUAAAAAAGGCGUAGUUAAUGUAAGGAAGACAGAAAAAAAGCAUUUAUUAAGAGCAAUGGCUAGUGAUAGAAUGAACGAUAAAAAAAAGCAAAGUUUAUGUAAAAAAUAAUGAAAGAAAGCCAUUUAUUAAAGGCAGUGGCUUAUAGUGACAGAAUGAUCGGAAAACAAAGAAAAAAGAAAAAGCAUUUCACUGACAAUAACAUGAAAGAAAAAAGCGAAUUAUAAGUUUUCAUAAAACUUAUUACCGAAGAUAAGAGAAAGGAAACAAAGAAGAAAAGAAAGAAACAAAGAAAGAAGGGAAAGAUGGAAUAAAUGAAGGAAGGAAGGAAAAAAGGGAAAGAAAGGAGAAUGAAGGAAAGAAAGAUGAAGCUUGAAAGUAAAAAAGAAUGAGAAAUAAGCUGAAAAUAAAAAAAAAAUAUGGGAAAUAAGCUGAAAAUACAAACUUGACAUCAUUCUUUCAUCUUACGCCACCAAACACAAACACGAGCGAUGGUACUACUGUUCAUACACACUCCAGUCACCAGUAGAGAGAUGACCAGAGUAGCAAGCAGUGGUGAUGAGCAGUAGUGUGUGGUGUGCGUGGUGAGUGUAGUGAAGCGAGCCUCCCUCCUCACCACACACUCACCAUAGACAUUUUCCUUGGUUCACUAUAGAAUACUCAAAUUGAUACGUCUGCCCGCUAUUGGUAAGGGAGAGAGUAAGCAUAGGUACUGUUGUAUGAACCGUCUUGUAAACACCCCACAGCAACUCGACUACCUUCAAAAGGCUCUAGUUGAAAUUACACGGGGUUUUAAGAGUGUUU